AUGGCGCACUUCAAUCCCGACGAUUUUUCAAGAUAUUCAAAAUUCAAUAUACACACCGCAACCUAUAAAACAGUUUCUGAACAUCCAAUAGAUUGUCAUGUAUUAAUACCAAAGACCCUGAGUUCUGCCGCGGAGAACUCAUCUGAACCUCGGCCAGUCAUCUUACGCUUCCAUGGCGGUGGCCUCGUCGGUGCGUCCGGUCUCUUCCCGGAUUUCUUCGCGCCCUGGCUCUUGGAACUGGCAUCUCGCAACUCCGCCGUGAUCGUGUCGCCCGACUAUCGAAUGAUCCCAGAGUCCUCCAUCGACGACCUUAUCGAGGACGUCGAGGAUUCUCUCAAGUGGACCCUGGCGGAGCUGCCAGGUUUCGUACGAGGGAAGACGGACGGAAAAGUGGACGUCAAUACAUCCCAGCUUCUGGCCGCGGGUGAGAGUGCUGGGGGAUAUCUCAGUCUUCUCACCGCACUGAACCAUCCUGAACAGAUACGAUCUGUCACGGCUGCCUACCCGAUGGUUGACCUCCUAUCUCCCUAUUUCACAGAGGAUUACGACAAGCCGAUUUUCGGCAUGCCUCAGAUCCCAUACAGCAUUAUUGAGGAUCAUCUGAAGAAGGUCAAGCAGGGCGAGGCGCCGUCAAUCGUCUCCAGUGAUCCUAGGUUCGAGAGAGCGCAGCUCAUGUUCUGUCUUUUCCAGCGCGGAGGUUUGAAAGACUUCUUUACUGAGAAGAAUCCGGAAUUCCAGAUUCUAGAGAAGCUCAAGGGAGGUGCUAGAUUCCCCAAGGGCGGAGUUUUUGUUUACCAUGGGAAAAAUGAUUCUCUCGUUCCUGCUGAGGGUAGCACUAAGCUUGCAGAACUGGUGCGUGAGUUGGAUCCAAAAUCGAAAUUCCACCUUGAGUUCCGGGACGGAGAGCACGGCUUCGAUGGAGAUGCUUCUCUGGACGACGAAUGGAUAGCGAAUGGCGUGAAGGAUGUUGCUGCAGCUUGGCUUGCUUAG